AUGCUGAAAGAAUAUUUCGACGCACACCUAGACGAGAGGGAAGAACUAGGCUUCGAUGAAUCGAAAAUCAUCAAGCUGAUGAACCCCCUCGAUGAAGAAGGCACGAACACCUACGAUGCGUGGCUUUUGGAGCAGGACAACGGCGACUCAUAUGAGGAGCACAAAACAUCGCAACCCGCUGACCAAUAUUUCACGACCUACGGGGGAGUCGACGGCUACCAAGUGGCAAAUAUCCUUGCAAACCAGGCCACAUACCACGCAUUUACAGGGUCUGACAUGUUCGAAGGACACCUCGGACAACUGAUGACUACUAAGACCCCCAAGAAAUGCAGUCAGCCCCCGUCAACCUUCUACCUGGAAGACCGAUAUUUGCACACAUUCCAGGGUAUAAUGCCUGACACCGGAGCCGCUGGAAUAUCAACGGGAGGAGAGCCCCAGAUGAGAGCCUUACAACAAACACAUCCGCACAUCCAAUUAAUCAAGGUUAUUGAAGGCUACCCGUUAGCAGACAGGUAG